UUUACACUCCCUUACAGUAGGAGACGGCGAUGCACCUCAUAAACGUUCAAUCGUGCAAUCUGACACAAACUCAACAGAAGAAGAUUUUCGCCAUACCGGAAGCUGAAGAUUUCAACAUGGCGUUGGACGGAAUGGACCAUAUGGAGAUGGAGGACAAUAAAGGUGGUUCUGGUCUCAGGCAGUAUUAUCUUUCCAAAAUUGAGGAGUUGCAGUUGACCGUGAAUGACAAGAGCCAGAAUCUGAGACGUCUGCAGGCCCAGCGGAAUGAGCUUAAUGCAAAAGUGCGUCUGCUUCGUGAGGAGUUGCAGCUGCUACAGGAACAAGGAUCCUAUGUGGGAGAGGUAGUGAGGGCAAUGGACAAGAAGAAAGUGUUGGUCAAAGUGCAUCCAGAGGGAAAGUUUGUUGUUGAUGUGGAUAAGAACAUUGACAUCAAUGAUGUUACCCCAAAUUGCCGUGUGGCUCUACGCAAUGACAGCUACACCCUUCACAAGAUCCUGCCAAAUAAAGUUGACCCUCUGGUGUCACUCAUGAUGGUAGAAAAGGUGCCUGACUCCACCUACGAGAUGAUCGGUGGCCUUGACAAGCAAAUCAAAGAGAUCAAGGAAGUGAUAGAACUGCCAGUCAAGCACCCAGAGCUCUUUGAGGCACUGGGUAUUGCACAGCCAAAGGGUGUGCUGUUGUACGGGCCUCCUGGCACAGGGAAGACUCUGCUGGCCAGAGCUGUGGCUCACCACACUGACUGCACCUUCAUCAGGGUGUCUGGCUCUGAGCUGGUGCAGAAGUUCAUUGGCGAGGGUGCCCGCAUGGUAAGGGAGCUGUUUGUGAUGGCCCGGGAGCACGCACCCUCCAUAAUUUUCAUGGACGAAAUUGACUCGAUUGGCUCCUCGCGUUUGGAGGGUGGCUCUGGGGGUGACAGUGAGGUACAGAGGACUAUGCUGGAGCUUCUGAACCAGCUGGAUGGCUUUGAGGCCACUAAGAACAUUAAGGUCAUUAUGGCCACCAACCGCAUUGAUAUUCUGGACUCCGCUCUUCUGAGACCUGGACGCAUUGACAGGAAGAUUGAGUUCCCCCCUCCUAAUGAGGAGGCCCGACUGGACAUCCUGAAGAUCCACUCACGUAAAAUGAAUUUGACUCGAGGUAUCAACCUGAGGAAGAUCGCUGAGCUCAUGCCAGGAGCCUCUGGGGCUGAAGUUAAGGGUGUGUGCACAGAGUCUGGGAUGUAUGCCCUCAGAGAGAGGAGAGUGCAUGUCACCCAAGAGGAUUUUGAGAUGGCUGUUGCGAAGGUGAUGCAGAAGGACAGUGAGAAGAACAUGUCUAUCAAGAAACUGUGGAAGUAAAUACUUUUGGUCAAUUUCAGCUCAGUGCUCAUGACCUAUGUCGCCAAGUCUCUCAAACCUGUAUAUUUUUCUUCUUUUGAUUUAUGUACGUUAACCUAGAUUCAUUCUACAAUAAAUGUAUGUACUGAGAA